AUGUUAAUUCCACCCCAUCUACGGGCAACAUUCAUGCCAAAUCCGCCGUUGCUCCACAUUCCACCUGUGCAACACCGUCGCAAACACCCCAUCACCGGUGUUUCUGGUCUUCUAUCUCACUUUGAAAAGGAAACUUCGGAAAGAGUUCUACAACCUACACCACAGAUUUUGAAGGAACGGCGUAAAGCCUUAAAGCAAGAAAAACACCAGAAGGAGCUUGAGCCACUUAUUGAAACCUAUCGAAAGGAACAAAAGGAGAGCGGAGGAGAACACAAAGGGAUGAAUUGCUACAACACACUAUUCAUAGGUCGCCUAGCGUACGAAGUUACCGAACGGAAACUACUGCGAGAAAUGGAAUCGUUUGGUCCAGUGAAAGAUAUCAGAAUCAUAAAGGAUAGCAAAGAGGGAAAGUCUCGAGGCUACGCAUUUGUCGAGUACGAGCACGAGGAAGAUAUGAAACGCGCCUAUCGAGCAGCAGAUGGUAUCCGUAUUGAAGGGCGCGAAAUUGUUGUAGAUGUUGAACGGGGUCAUACCGUUCCGUCUUGGUUGCCUCGUCGACUGGGAGGCGGGCUCGGGGGCACACGC